AUGGCGUACAACGCCGUCGCUCAGGUCGACGAGGUCGCCUCCAGUUCCGACUCCAACUCGGACAUCUCGCGCAACGCUUCACCUGUUCACCAGGUCUUUCAGCCUCUGCACGAUGCUGACCACCUCGAAGGAACUCAGCUAGAAGCCGCCAAAAGCGACGACCACCACCACCAAGGCCUCGGGCACCUCGGCUCCAUGAUCCGCUCCAUGACUACCGCUAGCUACGAUAUUGUCGAGGCCGAUGACUACGACGCCGAUCCUUCCCCCGCCGAGCCAUCGAACAACAGAUCAAGCAGUAGUCUACGCCGCAUUCCUCCGCUUAAUACGGCUGUCGCGCGACAUUCUUCUUCCCCCGAGCCCCCUUUGCGCAGUGCUUCCAGCGACCUCCCCAUCACUCACCCAACUCCCGAUCUACAAUCAUCUCAGGGGGCCUAUGUGGGCAAUGUAGCACGUCUGGAGCAAAGCGCUGAGCAACUCAGCUCUAGUUCAGCGGACAUUGCCAGUGAAAUUCGCAAAAUGGAUCAGGAACAGAAACGACGCUCGUGCAGUUCUGCAUCCAAUUCCGUCAAUCUCCGGAAUGGAGCAUUCUCGCCGGCGACCAUUGCUUCCCACGGAUCGACCUUCUCCACGCGACAGCGCUCCGUCUCGGGCGCAUCCCGACUCGCCCAACUCCCCGAACCCGACCACGACGAAGACGGCCACUUUUUGGGUCGCAUGCCCGCCCCGUCGGCCAUUCCCCCGGCACCCCAGGCCUAUACUCAACCGCCGCACGACCCUUACUAUAAUCAAUACGAUGGACAUGGCGUGGUUCAGGAGGAAAUUGAACGACCAGCAUCGGCCGCCUCAGGCGAUACCUUCCAGCAAGCGCGAGCACUCUUCACCGAUUUCGAUGGCGUCCAUUUCACGCCCUUGGAGCGCGCGAAUUCCGGGCGCCCCGGGCGCCAGCUGUCCCUGAGCCAACCGCCCCUUGCAAGCAAGCCGGAAUCGUACAAGGAGCCGCAGACGGGCGAGAAUAUGGUGUACUACCCUGCCCCAGUCCCCCGCAUGUUGAACCUCCCGCCCAAACUGUCUCGCAAGCCAAUCUCCGAUCGCGAAAAACGCCGGACUGAGCUCUUGACCAAUAUCGUGGCCGAAGAUAGGAAAUCCGGGCUCUGGUUAGCCGGAUCUGAGCAGAACCGGCUGGGUGACAGCGAGAGGGACAGACGCCAGUCCAAGAUACCACCUCAGCUUCGAGCGAGUUUGUUCUUUGAUAAACCGAGUACGACCCUCGAGGUGGACGUGAAGCAGGAUUCGGCAGUUGCAACGCUUGAUAGUAUCCUUGACGCCUCGGCACACGCACCAGUAUCAGCCUUUACCGAUCACCCCUACGCUGGCCAGGUUGGCUCGUACGUUUUCCAGCAAUCAAAGCGCCAGACGGUCAAACCCCCUACAAGACCAAAGGCAGAGCGUAACUCGCACAUUCCGAUGGGCCAACGCCACAGUACUCAUCAUAAGGAUGAUGAAGAAGGGUCGGUUAGUUCGCGUGACGGACGCCGAGAUCGGUCUCAGGAUGAGAGUGACUCCGAUCGAUCCAGUGGUAGCGACACGGAAGGCGAUGAGCAUUCGCCAGAGAGCGGCGAGGACGAAGAGGAAGAGGACGGAUAUGUCGAUUACGUGGGACCACCAAACACGCUACUGGCUGAAUUGGACUUGCGAAAGCAGGAAUUGAAGCAGCGACAACGGACUUUCCUUCCUACCAGCUCACAGGCCCAAGGAAUGCAUUCUACUCUAUUGGAGCUGGAUGCAAUGGCACAGAAACAGAGUGAUAAGAGACGGCGACGACCUGUCACUCUGGCAUGGAACAAUCGUGAUACCGCAGAUGACGACGAUGUUCCACUAGCAAUGCUAUACCCUGAUCAAGUUCACAAUGAUGACGAAGAUCGACCAGUUGGUCUGAUGGAAAUGCGCCAGCUAGAGGAGAACGAACCAUUGAGCACCCGUCGGGCCAGGCUACGCGGCGAACCCGUCCUGGAGAAGCGCCCUGUCACGGUAUACGAGACUGAAAUUCCUCAAACCGAGACCGCCCAACCAGAAGCCGACAGCGGCGACGAAGGCGAGACACUCGCCGAGCGUAUGAGACGACUCCGUGGACAGAAUCCAGCAGACAGCGAGUUCGCUAGUGAACUACUUGCCGAAAUCGACACUCGCACUGGAGUCGCGCCCAAAGAAACGGAGCGUACCCCAGCCUCUGACGCCCUCGAAAAUGAGACUCUUGCUCAAAGACGCAGUCGCCUGCAGAAGGAGAACGGCCCGCCGCGCGGCAAUGCAAAGAAUCUGCAUAUGCGGCGCAGCAUGGCGGCGCUCCCGCAGACUCACCCCGCACAGCACAUCGCCCGCCAGUCAUCACACGAUGUCCUUCCAUACGGAAACAUGAUGCCCGGGCAAUACGCCCAUCGCAUGUCCAUGCAAUCCCUCCCCAUCAACCCGGGCUAUCAAGUUCCCAUAGCCAACCAGAUGGCCGCUCAACCCUACGGAUAUGGAAACAUGGGGUACCCAGCUGCGCAAGCUUAUAACAGCAUGAUGAUGGGCGUGCCGGGCGGUAUGGCAUAUGCUAUGCCUGCUGGCUGUGGACCGAACAUGACGCGACAACCUGUUGACCCGGUGCAGCAGGAAUUUAUUGAUCGGUGGAGACAGAGCAUUCGCUAG